UUUCUAUUAUAAACGUAUAAACUGGUUUAUAGUCCAUAUUAAAUCAGAACAUUUAAAGAUUAAAAUAUGCUAUUUUAUUUUUGCUAGUCCUUUUUAGUUAAUGAGUAAGGGAAAUACAGUGUUCACUCAGGUAAACUAGCCUGCAGUUCCAUGUGAGGUCAUUUAUGAUGAGCAAACAAUGGAUUAGGUAACGACGAGGAAAAUUCUGGAAGUUUGAGUUUGUGCGCUUACUAGCAACCACUUUCAACAUUUCUGCAAAGCUAGAGAAGGUAUCUUCUAAUUUAAAUUUCUUUAAGAAUUAUCUAUUGUGUAAUAUACCGUCGACAGGAGGUCAGUUUUAAAGGAAUACUACUGAUAGCCUGAAAGACUGUGAAAAAGAUAUUCUUUUUCUCUCUUACACACUGAUAGUUCUUAUGUUUGCAUUUCUGGAAUUCUUAUACGUAUAUAUUUUUCAAAAAAAUUGGAUUAGCAGCAAGAGAGUUGAAAAUGACAGAAGUUGGGAAUGACUGCUAUUUCUUUUUUAAUUCCACAUGCAUAAAGGGUUCCCAGUGCCAAUUUCGACACUGUGAAGAGGCCCUUGGCAGUGACACUGUGUGCUCAUUAUGGAGAGAGAGGAAAUGUUUAGAUCCACUUUGCAGAUUUAGACACAUGGAAAUGCAGCAAAACUGCAGCAUUUCCUGCUUCUGGGAAACCCAACCUCUUGGUUGUGUGAAGAUCAGUUGUAUCUUUUAUCACAGCAAACCUCGAAAUAUCAAUGGAUUAUUUUUGCCACCAAGUAGCAAUAUCACACUACAGAAAGAAAGUCAGGAAGGAAUUCCACUCCAGACCAAGAAUCAGGAACCUCUAAAACCUCAGGAAAAUGUGUCACGACCCAUCCACAAUCCUUUAGUUUUAAAAACCAAUUUUGAGGAAGAAGAGGAAAUAGAUGAACAAAAUGAUGCUUCUAGUUUAUGGACAAAGACUCCUGAAGAAAUUGAAGAAAAAAGAGCAAUUAAGGAGAUGUGUUAUAAAUCUGGAGAGUACUACAGAGUUCAUACUCCUCCAGAUAUUUCAUCCUCGAAAAGUGUGGCCCCUACAGCAGAAAAAGAGUCAGAAAAGCCUUUGGAAAGUGGCAGUGAAUUGCAAGAAGGAGAUAGUCUUACAGUUCCGACAAAAUUUAGCCAAUAUGAAAGGCAAGGUGAAAUAAAAUCAUCAUUGCAUAGGAAAACAGGGACUGACAUUGCUGCUUCUGAAAAUGGAGGAGGUGACUGUUAUGUUCCACAGAGGAUCAUGUUUCUUGGAGUAGAUGAAAAUGAAGCUUUAAUGGAAGAGAAAGAAAUCAGCAUAUCAAAAUGUUCAAAUACUAAAGUGAGUGGUGUCCAGCCGAGGAAGCCUCAUUUUAAAGGUGUGAAAAAAAGAAAAUGGAUUUAUGAUGUACCAAAGAACUUUCCUGGCUCUGGAAUGCAGAGAGCAGUACAGACCCCAAGUCCCCAAAAUAAAAUGAGUUACCAUCGCAAUAAUAAAAAUCAAAAUACCAAGAACGCAUCCUAUGUUCACAUUCAAAGAGAUGCCGUCAGGAGUGUCUCGUUGAAUGCACCUCCCCGCAGCAGGCCCACACAGGGGUCCUACAAUAAAGUCCAUGUUAACAAGGAACCCAAACCCAACCUCAGUCCAGACAAAUAUACGUCAACAACAUAUAAUGGUUCAGCCUGGCGAAAACGAAUUCCUUUUUCAAAAACAUAUUCAAAAAGUGAAAAGAUAUAUCCAGAGCCAAGAAGAAAUGGGAGCAGGUAACCUGGAGGUUGAGAGAAGAGAAAAAUGAGAAAAAAAGUGCCAGACACAAUCUGAUUUACAAUCAAAAAUGAAAAUUCAAAGAAUGAGAUACUCAAGUACUCUAUGCUGUAUACUGGAUAGCCAAAGAUGAUAAAAAUGCAAAUUCUGAAAAUAAGAUGCAGGAAGUACAUUGUGCUCUUUCAAGACUGAUAAAAAUGCAAAUUACAAACAGCUGCCAGUGUAUUUAUGUAGGUGUGGAAUUCAUUCUGUGCAUUACUACAAACAUUUUAAUAAAAUUUAAAAGUU